AGUUUUUUAGAGUUAUGGCUAAUAUGACACGAGUCUUGUUCGUGACUGCUUCAUCAAUGGACCUUCCAGAUUCCAGAGCAACCAAAAAAGAUCGACCAUGGCGGAAGUAGCGACCCUCUUGCACCGAGUCGAAGCCCUGGAGAAGAAGCGCUUUGCGUGUCCUCAUGAGGAUGUGAUUGUGGACGAGCAAAUGCGUCGAGCACGCUUGGCGGUAGAGCACCAGGCCCUCUACAGCACCAACUGGAAAUGGGUGGCCAAGGACUACUACACAUGGACAUUGUCGCAGCGAGCCAAAACACUCGAGGCCCCCUCGACGGAUUAUUUGUGCAAAUCGCUCUUGAUGGAGAAUCGCAAGGCACCCGAGACAGGCGACGAUCCCACCAAUCCUCGUUUUGUCUUGGUGGUCCUCCAGUACGAAGCUACAUUGGACACGAAAAAGUUGAUCAACGCCAUUCGAGCGCUGCGACCCGUCGCGGAUCGUUUGGAUGAUACUCAUUUUGACAUUCGUAUCGCCAGCGAAGAAGACAAUGCGCGGAUUACAGGAUACGACAACAAUGCAGUGGUUCCUUUUGGAAUGAAGGAAUCGUCAGUGCCCAUUAUUUUGAGUAAACCUAUUGUUCCACUUCGAUAUUUCUGGAUGGGAGGAGGGCACAUUCAUUUGAAACUACGCAUGACCGUGGCGGAUUUCUCCAAGGCACUAUCGCCCAUUGUGGCGGAUAUUAGUCAACCUCGAACCAGUAGUGAUCCAGAGCCAUAGUCAUUUAAAAAUGGGUUGGAUUUUGAAUGCAGAGGCAUGUCUGUGAUUUUCAUCUCUAGCUGGCUGGAGACGACCUUUUGGAUAAUUCUAGACAAAGUAGUUUUACUUUU